UGUCUUCAUUGUUGUACUUUCCUCCCCAUAAAUCUGAUCCCAAUGUCGCGAUAUCUCCGGAGCACGGCACUGGUGGUUCAGGUAGCCUGUGGGAUACAGUUAUUUAAUGAAAAUAUUGCCGAAUUCACCUGGUGUUUUGGCCCGUCAAUGCUUCCUACACUAAACAUGACGGGAGAUAUUGUCGCAUAUGAGCAUCUGACCCAACGGUUCUCAAAGCUCGAUACAGGAGAUCUCGUUGUAGCUGUCUCUCCACUGGAUCCAUCAAAACUAGUUUGUAAACGCAUCAUUGGUGUGCCAGGAGAUAAGGUCUGCAUCAACCCUGUAUCUUUGCACCGGCAGUAUAUUACUGUUCCUCCGGGGCACUAUUGGUUGAUGGGUGAUAACCUUAACAAUUCGACUGAUUCGCGCGUCUAUGGCCCUGUUAGUGGAGGAUUGAUCCUUGGCCGUGUCUUUGCAAGACUUUGGCCCAGUCCAAAAUGGCUUGGAAAUGGCAUGGAAGAGAUUAUGGAGUUUGUAUAGUUUAUGUCGGUAACAUAAUUAUAUUAUUUAUCUCUAUGUGAUUUGCGAUUCAUUUCCACGUCAUGCUAUGACUUCAAGGUUGUAUUGUAUUCUCCGCUCAGCGUUCCGGCACUCACAGCCACCUUCAAGCUCGAUUAGCGAAUGAGGGGUUUUUGUUCCGUAGUCCUGGAUCAGCUUGCAGCAACAUUGCAAGAUACCUUUUUUGUUUGCUGUUCGAUUUAGACAACUUUUAGUACAUGUACUUUAACAGCUCUCUAUAAAAAAAUGCAUAUGUGGCGCAAU